ACGAAAACCAAAACUGAUGAUUAAUUACCAUCUUUUCCUUUUACUGUUGCAUGUUGUUGACGAAUAAACACUAAAUUUAGCAGAGACUGCGCCAAGAUACCGCAUUGAUUUUCUAAAAGCCGCAUCAAAAGUGAAAUUGUGGUUUGUUCCAGCUUUCAUCAGUCACCGACCAUUAAAAAGGUCCCAACUUACAUGCGUGAUUUUUUUUAUAAUUACUUCUUAAAGCGCAGGAGACUGAAUAUUGUUUAGAUUCAUCUGCAUUGCUCAAAAAACACAAUAAAUGGCUAAUGAGUUCAGUUUUAAAAGCCUCCUUUUCUGAGGACAUAAAAUUAAGCAUACGUUGGUCCAGCCCCCAAAACUAUAAAGAACCGAAAAUGACUGACCGCAAAGCAGUUAUUAAGAAUGCCGACAUGAGCGAAGACAUGCAGCAAGAUGCUGUGGACUGUGCGACGCAGGCGAUUGAGAAAUAUAAUAUUGAAAAGAAAGAGGACACCUCACGAUUAGUUCCAUAUACAAUUGGUCAGGAUCUGAUGAUCUAUGAGUAAAUCAAAAUUCUCAAUUAAGGGCAUUUUCAGGAUUUUGAAGUCUGUUUUUUAUUUUCUUCCAAAAUACUUAAGUAACAAGUACCUAUGU